CUUCCUUUCAACUGUGGUCUUUAUGAAGUUUUUGAUGGGAAAAAAGUCUCCAUUUUUGUGUCAAGAUAUCUGGUGAAGGUGUGAGUAGCAUUUGUAAUUACAAUUACAGCAUAUUGUAGAUUUCUACCAGAUUUUAAAUGAACGCUGGGGUUUAAAAAUAGCAAGGUUACCUGUCGUCAGCCAUUCAUGCAACAGGAGCAUGUGCCAAAUAUAUAAUCAUCUGUUUUUUCUCGACAGCAACAGUUUCCACAUACUGCAUUUAGCAGAGUUAUGACUGGUUGUUUCAUAAACUCGUGAAUUACACAUUGGCAAUGGGCUCAGUCAGAGUUUCUCUAAAGUCCUUCCAGUCUUUCCUUCAUGGAGGACAUCCAGCUUUCCUCACUCCCAAACAUCUGUGGAGAUCCCUGCAGCUGCCUUCCUCUUCACGCUCUCUGUGCACAAGUGAUGCAAGCUCCAAUCUGGGCAGCAGACUGGCAGGCAGGAAGAAGGACAGUGGACUGACUGAUGGACAAUCAGGCAUCAAACGCAACCCGUUUACACGGGGAAGAGGGGAAUUAUGGGAAGAUGAAAAUGAUCGUAGAGCCAAGAAGGCCUCCUUCCCAAAAUCUGUGUUUGCUGCUGGGACGGCGAAGCGGACCACAGACAUGCUCAGGAAAAAAACAGACCUGCUUUCCCAGGAUAAGGAAGAACAGGAGGAGAGGGAGGCUGAACGGAGGAGAGGAACAGGAAGGAUGCAGCCUCCUGACCGGCCGCUCACCACCACUGAGUGGAGGAAGCUGAAAGAGUCGAUGGGAAACCCACAACGUUUUGACAUCCAGAUGAUGGGUGCACUGUUCACUUCCGGGGCAGAGCUGGACAUAGCCAAGUCUCUGCUCACAUUUGUCGCCAUGGAAACUGGCACGCUGUCUUACGAGCUGCUUCUUCGGUAUCUGACGCUGUGUGUGAGCGCGGGCCACGACGCCGAGGUGUUUGAGGUCUAUGAUAUCAUGCGGGGCAGCUUCCCGGCUCUGGACACAGGAGCCUCCAGUCUGUUCAUCAAAGCCUUCAGCAGGACGGUGAGGUGGAGAGAAGCCAUCAGCAUCCUCAACCAGGUCAAGAAGGUCUUCACGCCGUCACCACGCAACUACGGGGACAUCAUAGAAGCAGCAGUACGCCACGGCGACAGAGCCACUGCCUGGAGUCUUUAUGACGAGUUACUGGAGAAGGAGUUGAACCCGCACCCGGAAACUUGGGAGGUGCUUUUUGGAGUGAGAAGGACUGAGGAGGAGGAAAGCCAGGGCGUAUCAGAGAACGAGGAGAAUGAGAGACUGCAUGGCAUACUGCUGCACAUGAGGAACAAUCAGAUCUACCCCCAGCAGGGCCUCGCCACCGCCAUCAAGGAGUGGUUUGAGAGUCUCAAAGGACAGAACUGGACAGGACGGUGGACCAACACUACUACAAAAGGAGUGUGCCGGUGCUGUGGGUCUGAGUUAGAGUCCAUCCAGCUGACUGCAGAGGAGUACCAGCAGCUGAAAGACAGAGUUAUGGCCGACAUCAUCCAGGGUGAAGAUGUUUUCAACAAGACCACGCCGGAGGAGUUGGAGCGGUUCAGGACCUUUGUAAAGAAGAAGCCAGUGUUUGAUGUGGUUGUGGAUGGGCUGAAUGUAGCAAAUGUCAACAAAGACAGAAGCAAGCAGUCAGAGACGUUGUUGGAGGUGGUGUCGGAGCUGGAGCGUCAGGGCCUGACUAUCCUGGUGCUGGGGAGGAAGCACAUGCUGCGACCUUCCAGAUCCUGGGACAAACGCAACAUGCAGCUCAUCCAGCAGAAAGCACACUGCUUCUUCACUGACAAUAUUUCGGAGGAUGACCCCUUCCUGCUGUACGCCACACUGCACUCAGGGAACCACUGCCGCUUUGUGAGCAGGGACCUGAUGAGAGACCACAAGGCCUGCCUGCCAGACGGAGCCACCCGCCGGCUUUUCUUCAAAUGGCAGAGGGGACAUCAGCUCGUGGUGGACGGAUACGUGGCUGCAGGCAGGAAGGUUCGAUUUCAGAGCAUUCUCAGCUAUGACACCAUCAUCCAGACUUCAGGGGACUCGUGGCACAUCCCCUACGACGACACAGAGGACCGCAGCACCUACGAAGUGCCACAACGAUGGCUGUGUGUCAGUCAGAAGAAGUGACGACAAACACUUUUACCUGUUGUUUUCAUGGAGUGAGUUCGAUAUUAAUGUGGACUGUAAAUAAAAAAGGAAUUCAACAUUUUAAGUGCCUGUACUUUUUCAAUGCAAUUUUUUUUUUUUUUUUUAAAUAGGGUGACCAGAGAUUAGACCUUUAUGACCUUAAGACACGUGCUUCUA